UUUAAGUGAUGAUGUAAACAUCCGGGAAAAGAUGGCAGUAUCGGAAAAUGGGAAGUGUUCAGAGAAACAGAAUAUGUUUUAUUCAUGUAAAGGCUGUAAUUAUACACGUGAAUCUCAAGUAAUGUUCAAAGAAUAUUCAUGGUGUUUCUUUAAAUCUAAAACUUUUAGUUUCAAUAUUAAUAAAUUUAUAAUUUUCACUGGUACUUCGCUUGUUAUACUUUCUCUUGGCUUAGUUCUAGGGUUGUUUUGUGCAUUCCCUAAACCUUUUUUGACUUACCUGCUGACAAAUUUGGGAGUUCACAUAGAUCUAGGGAACAGUAACAUAGGUUUUUUCAGUAAAAAUAAAAUUGGAUUUUUCUCAGAAAAGCUGUAUAUUGGCUCUCGAAGGACUUAUACUGAAGUCUACAAUUGUCCAGAUAUUGACCCAAGUGAAAGUGUGGAUAAUCUUAAUCAUAAAGCUUUACAUUCUUGUGACAGUGAUAAUGUUAAGAAUUGUGGAUUUCAAUCUCAGAAUUCUGACACAUUUUAUGACACAUCUGUAAGUGUGAGGUAUAAACAGAGAUUUACAGCAAGUAAAGAUGUCAAAAGAGAAGCAGUUGCAGCUAUGAACAUUGCUCUAGAUCUGCAAAACAGAGGUAAAACUGACAAAGCCAUGAAAGUAUUUCAGCAUGCCUUGGCCUUAGACCCAUCACACUCAGAUAUUUUGACAGCUUUUGGGGAGUUUUUAGAAUGGCACAUUCAUGAUAUAGUCAAAGCAGAUCAUAUGUAUCAUAUAGCUCUUGAAAACAGUCCUGAACACAGUAGAGCCUUGCAAAACCGCCAACGUACAGGUCCCAUUGUUGAAGAGAUUGAUCAAGCUCGUUUUAACAGGGUCGACCAAAAGAGAGCCCAACUCUACAGGAUACCUCACAACCACCCUGGCUUACGUAGGGCCAAGAGAGAGGCUUAUUUUGCCCAUAUAUACCACACUAAUGCCAUUGAGGGAAACACCUUGACCCUUGCACAGACCCGGUCUAUAGUAGAGACCCGGCUGGCAGUAGGAGGGAAAAGUCUGAGGGAACAGAAUGAAGUCUUGGGCUUGGACUCUGCUCUAAGCUAUAUCAACAGCACUCUAGUUGGCCAUGUUGGACGUUUAACCUUACAAGACAUUUUAGACAUCCACACUAGAGUUUUGGGGUAUGUGGAUCCAACAGAAGCUGGAAGGUUCCGCACAAGUCAGGUUUAUGUUGGAGAUUUCACUCCUCCAGCAGCUAGAGAGUUGAAAAGUCACAUGAGUCAACUUGUUGAAUGGCUGAAUUCAGAGGAAGCCUUAGCUCUUCAUCCAAUUGAGUUUGCGUCUCUGGCUCACUACAGGCUCGUUGCCAUACACCCUUUUUAUGAUGGGAAUGGCCGUACAUCACGCCUACUCAUGAACCUUAUUUUAAUGCAGGCAGGGUUUCCUCCUGUAUCUAUUGAGGUGGAUGACCGCCUGACCUACUAUGAGACCCUUCAGCAAGCUAAUGAUGGUGACAUCAGACCUUUUAUACGCUUCAUUGCUAAGUGCGCAGAACGAACGCUUGAUGAAUAUUUGUCUGUGACUUCUGAGGAGUCUGUCAUUCUGCCUUCAGCACUCCGUAGAAAAAAGUUUGACACAAGUGAACGCAUUAUCUAUUCAGAUGUUGAUUUUGAAGAUGACAGUGCACAAUCUGGAAAAGUGACGGAAGAAAAAAAUAAUGUGGAACAGCAAAGUUUUUCAGAGGAAACCAAAAAACAGAAUUAUUUUGAUGAUCUUUCUUGAUAAUGGCCCCAAGAUUAUUUGUUAUCUUGUUUGAUUUUUAACCACACACACACACACACAAAAGUAUUUUGUAACUGUUUUUAAUAAGCUGAUAAUUAAUUAGAGGAGCUACCUUUGGAAAAAAAAGAUUAUUUUAAUUAUUGCAAAUUUCAUUUUAUGCCCCGCAGGUGAAAUAAAAGUUUUCAGAUCCUUUCUUUUACAUUGGAGAAAAAUAAGCAUUCAUGUUUGAUAACUGUUCUUAUCUCAUGAUAUCAGCAGUUUUAGUUUCACUGCAAUGGGGCCAGAAAGGAUUGACUUGAAAAAAUAUCUUUUUUGUUGUUUUUUUUCAAGUAGACAUCAUUGUUUUUUGUCUUGUUUUUUUUUUUUUUUUUGGUUGUCCUCAGUAUAAAAUAGCUAGUCAGUUAUUUAUAAUUUUUUAAAUAUUGAACAUCUUCAGUACCAGUAAGUUUUUUGUUUUAUGAAUAAAAGCAAAUGCUAGCUAAAUUAAUAAAAUGAUUUUAAUUUGUAAGUAAAUUAAAAUGAUUCUAUUUUGAAAAUGGGUAAGACUUUAUAUAUUAGUUUUGUCCAAACAUGGAAAUAAUUUUUGUUUUCAGAUAACCUUGUAAAUUUCUUUUUUUAGUUCAUUUUGUGUGGAAUAAAUAAAAAUGUGUCUAUUGCAAAGCUCUAUUUUAUUUUAGUUUAUGAUUCAGUUAUUGAAAAAAAUACAAAGUAAUUUGUUAGCUAUGAAACUUUUAAAAACUAUUACUUGUUAUAAUUUAUUUUGCACUUGUCAAGAGAUUUUUUCUUUUAAUCUCUCAAAUUGUAAACAUGGGAGAUAUGAACUUUUCUAAAAGUAUCACAAUUUUACUGUGUUCAUUAUGAGCUUUAAAAUAAAUUGGCUGUAGAUAAGAAGUAAAAAGUUUAGCAUCUUUUACUUAUUUAAGUACAGUCGAAUCUGGAUAAUUGGACCAAUCGAAUGUAACUGUUUUGGUCUUAAUAACCGGCUGGUCCGAUUAACAUGACUUCAUUGUAUAAUAGGUUGCUUUGAUUACUUUAGGAUUCAGUCCAAAUAAUUCCUGGUCCGAUUAACUUGUGGUUCGAUUAACCAGAUUCGAAUGUAUAUCCCCCUUUUUUUUUUUUUUAUUGUGUACUGGUCUUUCAUUUUUUUUUGUUGCAACAUAUUUUCCAGUGGAUCACAAUCGGAAAAAGUUUGAAAGUUGUACAUGACAGUUGGUACAUUUAUGAAAAAUCAGAAGAAAAUAAUUUAUUAAGUUCUUAUUUCAUAGGUACAUUAAAAAAAAUUUUUUUAGCAAUUUAAUUACACAUAAAAAAAAUACCAUCUAAUUUAUUUUGAAAAGUCUGAAAAAAACAUUGAGACUUUUGUAUCUUAAGUUAAAAGCAACAAUGACUAGGAAUUUGUAAUGUUUCUUGGUUCACCAUCACCAGUUUUCAAAAGAUUGAUUGCCAGUUAUUUAGGGUGUAGUACUGAGUGUCCCUCAAUAUUUAUCUCUAAUGUAGGCCUACCUUGUUUUUUGGAAGUUUUGUUCGUCUUGUAAAUUGUGAUAACUGCUGAUAUAUUUCUAUCUACUAGAUAGAAUUGAGUUGUUAAAACUUUUGUUCUAUUUCACCCUUUCUCUUCUGACUAGAUUCUUACUCUUUACUACACUUAUUACUAAAUGAAACGCAUAACACAGAUGGUUUUUCACCUAGAUCCAGUUUUAAGUCAGUCAUUUUCAUCAUCUGAAGAGUUUUUUUUGCUACAGGUUUUCCAUGUUUAUUAGAUUAAGGUGCUGUCUAUUGAAGGGGAAUGAGUUGUAAAGGUGCUGUCUAUUGAAGGGGAAUGAGUUGUAAAUCUGUUGUAACCCAUUAUUAUAUAUUGUAUACAUGUUUAAAACAAAAUUUAUAUCCACAAACUACUUUUAAUCCUUUGUACAAGCAAACACUUCCAUUACAUAUGUGCCUACGUUAAUGCUUAACGUUAACCUUUAAUGAAUGAAAAGUUAAUCAUAAUAUCCUAAACUAAAAGUACUCUUUCUGCCUAAAUUUUCAUUGUAAUAUAAACUUGAAAAAUAAAAAAAGAUUGCUUGAAACAAGAGAUAAACUAAGUUUCUUUAAAUGACAAUGAUAAUAGGCUUGGAUAUUAUGUGCUAGCCAAACUUCUUCUUUAAUACUGCCAUGUUACAAUUGAAGACUUAGGCACUAGAUUCAGCUAGGAUUUAUUCUGUUCCUUUCAAUAUAGUGGUUUACGAUGGAAUAAAUAUGUUACUUGUAGAGAAUUCAUUAAUUUAUAGUGAACCAGGAAAUAAUCAAAUAAUCAAUAAAUAAUCAAAGAACAUGGCUUACUUUAGCUAUAAAUGAAAAGAUAUUUAAAACUUUGAAGCAUAAAAGGGAGUUCAGGAAAGUAAAUUUUAGCUUGACAAUGUAUUGGCUACACUUUUUUACCAAAUUCAGAACUUUGCAAUGUUAGCAUGUAUUGUUAAUCUUUGCAAUUUUAGCAUGUAUUGUAAUUCUUUGUUGCGAAUUUACCAUG